AGGGCAGCCAUCACUACUGUGGGCAGCUACACUUGGCCGUUGCAGUACUCCCACCAGUACCCGGGCUUCGCCCCACUUUGGGAGGCCUAGUCCCAGUCUUGCCCCUGUGGUGGCAAACCUUUCCUGCCCCUUUCGGCGUUGAGGGGUCGAGAAGGGCGGGUCAUGGGUGACCGGAAGUGGGAGCUGUAAGCUUUGUUGCCCCGAGGGCCGAGGCCCGAGGCGCCGUCGUCGGGCCACUGCGACGCACGCAUGGAGACCAAUGGGCGUCGGGCUGCGCACCGACAGCUAGCCGGGGCGCAUGGGCUCUGUGGAGCAGGAGCUUUGCAGAACCGACUGGCCUCUCGGGGCGCGGGAACAUGAGGCUUAACCAGGUGCCCUCUGCGGGCGACGCUCGCCGUUCGCGGUCCUGGCCUGCUCGCUGGUGAAGGGCGCGGAGCCCCAGGACCCGCCCGUUGGUGUCCGUGGCAGCAUGGUCUUCUGUCUGGAAAACGAGGUGCCGCGCCGUCCGCAGCGAAGCGCCAUGGUUCCCUUCCAAGCCUCAGAAGUCCAGCAGCUGCUACACAACAAGUUCGUGGUCAUCUUGGGGGACUCCAUCCAGAGAGCUGUGUAUAAGGACCUGGUGCUUCUGCUCCAGAAAGACUCACUGCUCACAGUUGCCCAGUUGAAAGCCAAGGGGGAGCUGAGCUUUGAACAGGACCAGCUGGUGGCUGGGGGCCAGCUGGGUGAGCUGCAUAACGGGACACAGUAUCGUGAAGUCCGACAGUUCUGCUCGGGUUCUGGCCACCACCUUGUGCGCUUCUACUUCCUCACCCGAGUUUACUCUGAGUACCUGGAAGACAUCCUGGAGGAGCUGACAUAUGGGCCUGCCCCGGACCUGGUGAUCAUCAACUCUUGUCUUUGGGAUCUCUCCAGGUAUGGCCGCUGCUCAAUGGAGAGCUACAGAGAAAACCUGGAACGAGUGUUCGUACGCAUGGACCAAGUGUUGCCAGACUCCUGUCUGCUGGUGUGGAACAUGGCAAUGCCCCUGGGGGAGCGUGUCACUGGGGGUUUUCUGCUACCAGAGCUCCAGCCCCUGGCAGCCACUUUGCGACGGGAUGUGGUUGAGGGGAACUUCUAUAGUGCUACACUGGCUGGGGACCACUACUUCGAUGUUCUGGAUCUCCACUUUCAUUUCCGGCAUGCAGUACAGCACCGUCAUCGCGAUGGUGUCCACUGGGACCAACAUGCACACCGCCACCUCUCACACUUGCUUCUGACUCACGUGGCCGACGCCUGGGGCGUGGAGCUUCCCAAGCGGAACUAUUCCCCUGAACCAUGGAUUGAGGACUGGCCAGAGAUGGAUCAUCCAUUCCAGGGAAGCCAUAGGCAGCCCCCAGACUUCGGGGAGCAACUGGCCUUGCCCCCACCCCUGCCCCCUCCUUUACCCCCUCCCAUGUCUUUUUCCUACCCUCUUCCACAGCCUUCUCCACCUCCCUUGUUCCCACCCCUGCCCCAGGAUGCCCCUUUUUACCCAGGCCAGCCCUUCCCACCUGAGGAAUUCUUCAGUUAUAAUCCAAUGGAAGACUUCUUGAUGCCUCCCAAUUUAGGGUGUGGCCCUGGAGCGAACUUUGUGCCUGGCCCCCUGCCACCUCAAGUCCCUGGCUCUGUCUCCCAUGGUCAGCAUCGGAGCCCAUUGGUCCACCGGGGGAUGCCACGCUGUGUUCCCAACAGCCCUUACCAUGUGCCAAGGUCGGGGGCACCCUGUAGGCAGCGACUCAGGCAUUCAGAUAGACUGAUCCACACGUGCAAACUGGACAGGCGGGGACAUACCCAUUCAGGAACAUGGCCUGUAUAGACUGGGUUUUGGACUGCGGUUGGAUGUGCCAUCGGUCCUGCAGGGCCUAGAUGGCACACAGGUGCUGGGCCAGGGUGUCUGUUAUGCCUGGCAUUUUUGUUGUCCAUUGCUGUUACCAAUAAAGGCAUGGAAGGACAGAGUGACA